AUUUUCCACAUUAAAUAGGUUACAUCUCUUAUAUAUUUGUUAUGUUUUGUUAAUAUAAUUGUAGUGCUGACUACAUAACACUCGUAAUCACAAUGUUACGAUGUUUAGCAAGAUGUAGACCUGCCUUCAUAAUUCCAUUAUUUAGGGACAGAAAUGAAAAUGAUUACAAUUUAAUCAAUACUCAAGCGGCGAAACCACCAGAAACAGGUUGGGAAAGGAUCAAGAAUAUGUAUACUUUGAAUGAAAUGGAUGAAGUAUCUAUAGAAUUACAUACAGUGAUUCAAUCAACUCUAGGUGCUUCCGUCAUAGGAGCAUGCUUUGGAGGAUUUGUGCAUUCAAGAAAUGCCUAUGUUUACUUCAUAGAGAAUAAUCAAGCUACUAUUUUUACGUCCACCAGACAGGCACAGAAAAAGUUACAAGAUUACGUCACAGUAGCUUUUUGCAAAGGUGCAUACCAAUGGGGGUGGAGACUUGGUAUAUUUACUGGUAUUUUCACUACAAUAACAACAACAUUGUCUGUGUACAAUGGUAAUACAUCACUAAUAGAGUAUAUAGCUGCUGGAACAAUUACUGGAGCUUUGUAUAAAGUAAACUUGGGCCUUGCUGCUACUUUUGUUGGAGCUGCUCUUGGUGCCAUAUUAAGUACUUUGGGUGGACUGGCAAUAUUAGGAGUAUUAAAAAUAACUGGUGUAACAAUGGACGAUAUUAGAAGAGCACUAUAUUCAAUUAAAUCAGCUAGAGAAGAACAAAUGAGACAAGCUACAGAGAAAGCAUGUAAAGAAUUAAACGAUCCACUGUUGAAGCAUCACAAAGAAAUUGUAAAUGAACGAGGUGAAAAACCACUUGAUCAAAUGUGAACUAGAUAUGCAUGGGUUAAGUAAUUUUCUUAGGAUGCUGAGGACUACAUUGUAUAAGGAUUGGACUCCAUUUGUCAGUAUGUUUCGGCACUGCAUCGAUUCUAAUUGCAAGUUUUCUAUAAUGAGGAGUAGACAUGUGCGCCGCUGCCACCGAUUACUUGAAUCGGUGUGGCGAAAAUUUGUUUUAUUUAAAUGAAGUAUGUCAGCUGUAUUAUUUAUUAUAAAGUAUUUUAAUACAAUGUUUCCGUACAAUGAAGAUAAAUGACGUCAGUUGACGUUCUCAUACUA